UGGCUGCUUAGCGCCGCGACACGCAUUCGUGAGACAGACACAGCAGCCAUUUUCAAAGAGAUGGACGUGGACCAAGACAACAAAGUUUCAUGGGAAGAGCUCGAGCAGUACCAGCAUGACGCCGCUGACGAUGGCACUGACGACGACACUGAUGAUGAUGACGACUCCAAUGACGUCGUAGUCUCUGCCAGGCUCCUGGAACUCAAACAACGGAAACUGCAGGAAGCUCGGGAGCUGUUCGACGCUGCCGACGCUGACGACGACAACUUUCUGAAUGAGACCGAGCACCAGGCGUUCAGGGAGCCCGACCGGUUUGAUCACACGCUGGAAGUUUUGUACCGGCAAACUAUGGAACGUAAAGACACCGACGGUGACGGGAGCCUCAACAAGCAAGAAUUCGUCACUAACGUUGACGUUGACGAGGACGCCCGGCCGGCUGAGUUUGAAGACGAGGAUGAUAACGACGAUGGCCUGAUGACGAAGGAGGAGCUGAUGGCGUGGCUGCGUCACGACUAUUCGACGGAGGUCGAAGCAACUGUAGCCGGCCUGCUAGCUGCUGACAGCGACGGAGACCAGCGGUUGACUUUAUCAGAACUGAAAUCUGCUCCUCGGACGCUGCGCCGGCACCCGCUUCUGCUUGAGGGCGCUCGCCUUGUCAAAGCCCUUGACGAGCGCCGCGCCAGGGACGAGCUUUAGUUGAGCUUGAGUGCAGCAGAGCCAACUUUAGCUCGGUGUGUUUGCGUUUGUGUGUGAUGUGUAUGUUUGAAGAAACUCGCUUAUAUUUUAAUCACUACCGAGUAAACAUUUAUCCUGUAUGCGUUCAAGUCCAAUUUUAUCAAUAAAGAAAUAAAUGUACAACAUAUAUCUCAA